AUGAGUACGGCAGACUGGUUCUUGGGGGGGCCUUCAGCAGGCUGGGUCUUGGGGGCCUUCAGCAGGCUGGGUCUUGGGGGCCUUCAGCAGGCUGGGUCUUGGGGGCCUUCAACCGGCUGGGUCUUGGGGGCCUUCAGCAGGCUGGGUCUUGGGGGCCCUCAGCAGGCUGGGUCUUGGGGGACCUUCAACAGGCUGGGUCUUGGGGGCCUUCAGCAGGCUGGGUCUUGGGGGCCUUCAGCAGGCUGGGUCUUGGGGGCCUUCAACAGGCUGGGUCUUGGGGGCCUUCAGCAGGCUGGGUCUUGGGGGCCUUCAGCAGGCUGGGUCUUGGGGGCCCUCAGCAGGCUGGGUCUUGGGGGACCUUCAACAGGCUGGGUCUUGGGGGCCCUCAGCAGGCUGGGUCUUGGGGGACCUUCAACAGGCUGGGUCUUGGGGGCCUUCAGCAGGCUGGGUCUUGGGGACCUUCAACAGGCUGGGUCUUGGGGGCCUUCAGCAGGCGGGGUCUUGGGGGCCUUCAACAGGCUGGGUCUUGGGGGCCUUCAGCAGGCUGGGUCUUGGGGGCCCUCAGCAGGCUGGGUCUUGGGGGACCUUCAACAGGCUGGGUCUUGGGGGCCUUCAGCAGGCUGGGUCUUGGGGGCCUUCAGCAGGCUGGGUCUUGGGGGACCUUCAACAGGCUGGGUCUUGGGGGCCUUCAGCAGGCUGGGUCUUGGGGGCCUUCAACAGGCUGGGUCUUGGGGGCCUUCAGCAGGCUGGGUCUUGGGGGCCUUCAGCAGCCUGGGUCUUGGGGGCCCUCAGCAGGCUGGGUCUUGGGGGACCUUCAACAGGCUGGGUCUUGGGGGCCCUCAGCAGGCUGGGUCUUGGGGGUCUUCAGCAGGCUGGGUCUUGGGGACCUUCAACUGGCUGGGUCUUGGGGGCCUUCAGCAGGCUGGGUCUUGGGGGACCUUCAACAGGCUGGGUCUUGGGGGCCUUCAGCAGGCUGGGUCUUGGGGGCCUUCAACAGGCUGGGUCUUGGGGGCCCUCAGCAGGCUGGGUCUUGGGGGUCUUCAGCAGGCUGGGUCUUGGGGACCUUCAACAGGCUGGGUCUUGGGGGCCUUCAGCAGGCUGGGUCUUGGGGGACCUUCAACAGGCUGGGUCUUGGGGGCCUUCAGCAGGCUGGGUCUUGGGGGCCUUCAACAGGCUGGGUCUUGGGGGCCCUCAGCAGGCUGGGUCUUGGGGGCCUUCAGCAGGCUGGGUCUUGGGGGACCUUCAACAGGCUGGAUCUUGGGGGACCUUCAGCAGGCUGGGUCUUGGGGGCCCUCAGCAGGCUGGGUCUUGGGGGACCUUCAGCAGGCUGGGUCUUGGGGUCUUCUGAUAUUGGAAGCGAUCUCAUCAAGACAAGCGGUGACCUCAUACUAG